UAUGGAAGUAGUGUUUGUGUGUUUUUAACAUGGGAGUAAGCAAAAAGCGGUUGGAGUAUUGGCGGUGAACAGCAAGCGCUUCCGGCGGUCCGUUCCGGUUUGCUAUAUUAAGCGCCCCUAUAGCAAGAACCAAUCAGAAGGCAGAAAUCUGUGGAACGCGUAUUUUGAAUUGCUGUAACAAACGGACUGAGGUGAAAUCGGUCAGAGCGGAGAUCUUCGGCGCCUUGUUUUCUCGAAUAAAAGCGUUUUUAUAAACUUUUCUGAAGCUGUGGGAUUUAACAAUGAGGAAGAGUGAGGUGCUCGCCGCAGAGGCUGUGUCGUGCCUGAACAAGUCGCUGUGCCACCUGAAGGACAUUUGGGAGGAGAUCGGCAUCCCGGAGGACCAGAGACUGCAGAGGACUAAUGUCGUCAAAAACCACAUUAAGAAUCUACUGGAGAUGAUGGUGAAAGAGGAGGAAUCGCUGAAGAAAAGACUCCUAAGCAGCAUCCAGACCUGCAGGACGGAGAUGGAGAAACUCUGCUUAGAGCUCCAGAUGCCUGUUUUUGAGGAGGAAGACGGYAUUAGCAUGCUGCAGCAGGAGAAGAACAUYCGGACUGAGGUGGAGGCUCUGAUGACGGAGCGGAACCGGCGGGUGCAGCAGCUGAAGGCUCUGCUGGAUCAGGACCAGGACCUGUGCGACGUUCUGUGCUCCAUGCCGUACGGCGUUGCUGCGGAUUGCGUUCCCUCGCUGGAGCAGCUGGAGAACUUCCAGCAGCACAUCGUCCAGCAGAACGAAGAGAAGGCGAGGAGAUACUCUGAGUUCACGGAGCUGAGGAAGCAGAUCGUUCUGCUCAUGGAGGAGCUGGACCACCUCCCAGAGACCAGCUUCGAGAAAGACGUCGUCUCCGAGGAUGAGGACGCCUUCUGCCUGUCCAGGGACAACAUCACGUCUCUCAAGCUGCUCCUGUGUCAGCUGGAGGAGCGGAAGGUGGAGAACGAGGCGAUCUGCGAGGGCCACAGAGAGAAGAUCCAGCAGCUGUGGGACCGGCUGCAGGUUCCCCAGGAGGAGAGGGAGCUUCUGAACGAGCACAUGGUGGCGUCCAGGAGGAGGAACCUGGAGGCGUUACAAACAGAAGUGCAUCGCUUGGAGGAGCUUCAGCUAAACAACAUCCGAAACGUGGCGGAAGCCAUUCGAUCAGAGAUCGCCGUGUUUUGGGAAAAGUGUUUCUUCAGCAUUGACCAACGACAGGAUUUUGCUCCAUAUUUUAGUGAGGAUUUUAAUGAGGAGCUGCUGGCUCUGCAUGAUGCYGAGAUUCAGCGCCUGAAGCAACAUUAUGAGGAUCACAAGGAACUCUUCGAGGGAGUCCAGAAGUGGGAAGAAAGUUGGAGGCUCUACUUGGACCUUGAAAAGAAGGCCACAGAUCCAACACGGUUCGCUAACAGAGGAGGAAAUCUUCUUAAAGAGGAGAAACAAAGGUCAGAGCUUCAGAAAAACCUCCCAAAGCUGGAGAAGAAACUGAAAGCCCAGAUAGAUGCGUGGGAGGACGAGCAGGGCCGGGAGUUCCUGGUGAACGGUCAGAUGUUCCUGCAGUACGUGGCAGAGCAGUGGGAGCUGCACCGGGUCGAGAAGGAAAAGGAGAAACUCGAGAGGCAACUGAAGAAGAGCAAACAGACGGAGGAGGACAUGCUGUACGGAACCGCAGUCCGAACCCCAGCCAAGCGAAGGUUCCUGGGCACCACGACGCCCAUUAAAUCCAGAAAGCUGAAUGCCACGUCCAGCAUGUCCAGCGGGGGCUCCAACAGCACCACGCGCUCCGUCCACUACGGGACCGUCUGUCGCUCGCCCGUGCCUCGCCUCCCUCUCUCCGCUAACAAGACUCCGGCGGCUCGGACGCCGGGCGGCGGAAAGCCCCCCCACCCCAGGGCCCAGGACUGCAACAAGGAGAACGAGGCCCAGGGCAAGGCGGCCCCCGUGAGUGGUGCGUUGCAGACCCCACAGCGUAACUUCAGCAUGGCUUCUGUAGCCAGCACAUACUCAGAGUUUGUGGUAAAUUAAACUUUUCUCUCUAACAUA